AUGAGGGGGGCGGGGGGUGGCAGCGGUAGACAGAGCACUAUCCGAAACCCGAGGGGGGUGGAUCUCAUUGGUCUGGACAACCGACAUAAGGCGCACUCAAGCCUCGGGCCUCGAGCACCGGUCGCCGGAGUCGAGCUUGGCGCCAGACGAGCCGAAUUGGAGGAGCAACAGGUCCCAGCGCCACCGCAACUGUCAAGUGACGAGUCUGUCUGCAGUGGCAUAGAACUGCGCGUUGUCGUGCCUCUUAAAAACCGGUCGCCAGUUACACUCACUUCAUCUCACCUCACUACAACUCAUUCAACCAUACUCGACUCAACUCAACUCAACUAA